AUGCAUUUUAUGGCAGGCCCUGCUAGUAGCCGGAGUCUGGGACCCUUGAGCCUCUACAGCAUCCCCCACACUCUGUACAUGGUCCUCUUAUUAGUGUUGGUCAUGAUGAGCUUGGUGUUUGGUCAAUUUGAUCCUGCCAAUCAAGAGCCCCCUUAUCCAGCUCGGUUCCCCCAAUACUUGCGCUGCUAUCGGUGCCUCUUGGAGACCAAGGAGCUGGGGUGCCUUCUGGGAUCUGACAUUUGUCUGACCUUUCCUGGUGGCAGUUGUAUUACUCUCCUCAUCAGGAAUGGCAGUGGUUCUGACAUCAUGGUGAGUGACUGUCGCCGCAAGGAGCAGAUGCGUGAUUGCUCGUAUACCCGUACUUCAGUGUUUGGUUUUUGGGUAUUCUCUCGAUGCUGUUUCCAGAAUUUCUGCAAUAACCCACAGAACAGAGUGUCCUACGCUCCAUAGAACGUCUGCAGAGACCUUUGCAGUAAAAUGCUGCCAGUUUCCAGCUAGCCUCCUGUUCCCACCUGGGCACAGUGGGUACAACUUCUGAUCCUUUCCACUAGCCCUCCUGUCUCAGGUUAACUGACCCCAGCCCUAGCUACCUGUUGCUUGAUGCCCCUCAACAACCCCAUUCCCACUCUGCCCCUCCCCAGACCUCUCUGGAGUUUUCCCAUCAAGUCCUUGCUGUCUGACAUUUUCUCUCCUGUCUUCUCCCACCUCUAAGGUGCCUCU